UACAAUUUUGGUGCAUGGGCCUUUUAUUACGGCGCUGAGGUCUUUGCGUAGUUAUACAGUGUCGGUGUGUUAUCUGCCGAGUGCGAUUAAAGUGUAAAUUUUAUUCGUCUUGUGAUUAAGUCCCAUCUACUCUGGUCCUUGAAAACUUGGGGAGUACAGGGCAGUGCUCUCUCCUCUUCUUGUAAUGCAUCUCACGUGAUCCUGGAUAGUUUGCAAGACAGUCAAGCCAUCUUGUCGUCUGCCUCGCCUGGAAAGCUCGGGGUGUGCCUAUUUAUGAUGUUUUACUUUGGCUGCAGUGUAAAUAACUUGCUUCAUAAAUUCCUUUUCUCUUUGGGCAUUCUUUGAAACAUCUUCCUGGGAAAGGCUGUUGAUGAUAUUAAUGAACCUCACUGAUCUCAUAAAUGAUAUUUUUGAAUAGCUCUAGCUGUCAGUCAAUGUACAGUAGUUACGCAGCCAAAUAUGUGUGUUUUGUUGAUACUGUGGAACACACAGUCGGGAGGAUAUACAUGUAGAUUUUGAAGAUGCUUGAAGACCCCUUCCCCCGGCACAGGAUUCCAUCUGCCAUCAUGGGGAUGCAAGGAGGAUUCUGCGGGUUGGAGUUUCCCUCAUAUUUCGAAGAUUUGAGGGAAAUUGUCACAACAGUGGAAACUCGACUCCGGCCGAUUCCUGAGAUCAGAAUGCACAUCUCGCGUUUCAUGGAUGGCGCCGACAUGGACGAGGUCUACCCCAGGCUAUAUCUCGGUGACUGUGACGCUGCCAUGAAUGAACAGUAUCUUCUUCGCCACGGCAUUUCAUACAUAUUAAACGCAGCUGGAAAUACGUGUGGACCUGCUCCCGUAAAAACAGGGCCAGAUUACUACAAAGAUCCUUCCAUAGUAUAUUUAGGCCUUAAUCUUAUUGAUCUUCCAUUCAUAAACAUUUCCGUCCAUUUCGAAACUGGUGCCAACUUCAUAGAGGAUGCUUUAAGUUCCGGAGGCAAGGUGUUAGUGCACUGUCGCCAGGGAAGGUCGCGCUCGGCCUCCAUCGUGGCGGCGUUUCUCAUGAUCAAGCGCGACAUGGCGGCGGCGGCGGCGCUGACGCUGCUCAGAGAGUGUCGGGAAAUCAGACCAAACAACGGAUUCCUUCAGCAGCUGGCGGACCUUGACCUCAGCCUCUUCCGAAUGAGGCUGGAGAAGCUGCGCGAGAUGGAUUCUUAUCCUACGCUGGGGUACCCUGUAUCCAGCAUACAUGUCGGGAAAGUUCUCACAAGACUUUCAAAGAUGUUCCCUUAUCAAUGCGCCAUAGUACUCGACCGUUUCACCGUUGCCCUUUGCUUCACGGGGCUUAUUAUGUUCGUAACUUGUCAGUACCAGUAUGCUAGUUACAUGACUGAAACACUGCAGAGUAAACUGGAUGUAAGAUCUGUUAAAGUUACACUUUGA